UUACCCAUCUCAUAAAUACCUACCACACACUUCUUAUUCAAUUCAAUUUAAUUUAAUUAUAAUAUAAUAAUUUUUCUUCCAAUCUUUAUGAACCGAUAUCCUUAACCAAAAGAAAUCAACAUAUAUGGCCGAUUUGAACUCAACAAAUAAUCAGGAGCACACCCAUCAGACAAUAACUGGUAUAAUUAGUACUGGUACUAGCACUAGCACUGUAAGUACUACAAGUGGGAAUGAAGAAGAAGAAAAAGAAUUGGUAAUAAAAGUAGUUGAAAUGAGUGAAAUUGAGAAGAGCAAAGUGACCAUUAUGAGGGCUCUGGUCCACACACAAGAUCGUUGGAACUCGAAGGAAGUGAGUGAUGAUGUGAUGCUAAGGAGAUUCCUUAGAGCUCGAGACAUGGAUGUUGAGAAAGCCUCGCACAUGUUCCUCAAGUACUUAAGCUGGAGACAAUCUUUCAUGCCACCCAAUGGUGGGUGCUUCACACACUCAGAUUUUCCCGAUGAGAUUGCUCAGAACAAAUUCUUUAUGCCAGGCCAUGACAAACAAGGACGCCCUAUUGCCCUCGUCUUUGGUGGCAGGCAUAAACAGAAUGACCUCGAUGAGUUCAAACGUUUUGUUGUCUAUGUCCUUGAUAAAGUAUGUGCAAGAAUGCCAAGAGGGCAUGAGAAGUUUGUAGCCAUUGGAGAUCUUCAAGGAUGGGGAUAUGCCAAUUGUGACGUUCGUGGAUACCUAGCAGCUCUAUCCAUUCUACAGGAUUUUUACCCGGAGAGGCUUGGCAAGUUAUUCAUAGUCCAUGUAUCCUACAUUUUCAUGACUGCUUGGAAGAUAGUUUACCCAUUCAUUGACAAAAACACCAGAAAGAAGAUAGUAUUUGUGGAUAACAAGAAGCUAAAAGAUACUCUGCUAAACGACAUCGCUGAGGAUCAACUUCCGGAGAUUUACGGGGGCAAACUAUCUCUACUUCCCAUUCAAGACUGCUGACUACUCUGCAAUACAUUAAUUCAUAUCUAUAUUCUACAUAUCAUUUUAUCAUAAUUUGUUUCAUUUCAUGAGAUUAAUAUAAUAUCAUAUCAUACAAACCUUCAUUUGUUAUGAGAGUAAUUAUAACGUGUAUACCAUAUUUAUUUAUAUACACAUAUGCCGCCUCUAGAAACCACUAGUGAUGGUAGCAUAUAUAUAGUGAUCACUAGUGAUGGUAGCAUAUAUAUAGUGAUCACACAUAUGCAAGAUUUUGUGUCGGAUCGUUUAAAUAGGAUCGAUUUCAAUUGCAGUUUAAGUUAUUACAUUUCCUCUAUAUUUUUUUAGAUUAGAGUGACUUACUUGGUAAGUUAUCUAGAUAUAUAUUACUAUGAAUGAAACAUUUUCUAUUAUCAUUUUA